AUGGACCCUCUUCCAACUCCAACUCCAACUCCAGCUCCUGCUGCUACCUCAGCUAGUGUUCAACAUGUAAACAAGAAGUCCUCCGAUGAGCUGCUAAGAAAGUUUGCUGAUUCAGGGGAUGAGGCUGAGGAGGCCCCGGAAAAGAAACAAGUGAUUCGGGUGUCGAAACGCCGGAAAGUGAGAAACCGGGCAAGUGGUGAAGGGGAGCAAUGUGAGAGCCCAUCAAAUGGCAAGAGCAGCUUAGUGGAGAGGAGGUCUCUGCUUCCUGCUGCUGGGACUAAGAACAAGGCAUUGCUUAGGCAACUUGGGGUUCAUGGCAGGGCAUCACAACUCAGGGCCAGGGAUAUCAGGAACAAGUCUCUCUUUGGUGCCAUUCACAAGACAUGGAGAAGGACCAUAGAAGGGGCUUCAAAGGUUUUCAUGGAGAAGCAUUACAAUAGGCACAAGCGUUUGAUAAGUGACAUUACCUAG